AAAUUUGAAAAAGUAAACUGAUAUAGAAGAAGAGACUUGUGCAAAUUAAAAGUGUUGGUGAACGUGAAAAAGUUAAAGAAAAACAAAACAGAUAUUCAACAAGCCAACUCGAACGGAUUAUAUAUAUAUAUAUAGAUAGAUAUGGCUGUAUCGGCACUCAAUAUGACACCCUAUUAUGCUGGAUAUCCCUUUCAAGGACAGGGACGCGUCAAUCAGCUUGGCGGCGUCUUCAUUAACGGCCGCCCUUUGCCCAAUCACAUACGCCGCCAAAUUGUGGAAAUGGCCGCCGCUGGCGUGCGUCCUUGCGUCAUUUCGAGGCAGUUGCGCGUCUCGCACGGCUGCGUCUCCAAGAUACUCAAUCGCUUCCAAGAGACAGGCUCCAUUCGCCCGGGCGUCAUCGGCGGCAGCAAGCCGCGCGUCGCCACGCCUGACAUUGAGGCCAGGAUCGAGGAGCUGAAGCAAUCGCAGCCGGGCAUCUUCAGCUGGGAAAUACGCGCCAAGCUCAUCGAAGCCGGCAUCUGCGAUAAGCAGAAUGCGCCCUCGGUCAGCUCCAUUUCGCGUCUGCUGCGCACCACUUCGGGCUCCGGAUCGGGCCAUGGCACUGGCUCACACAGCAUUGAUGGCAUCCUGGGUGGCGGCGCCUGCUCCGCGGGCAGCGAGGAUGAGAGCGAGGACGACACCGAACCCAGCGUUCAGCUGAAGCGCAAGCAGCGCCGCUCGCGCACCACCUUCUCCAAUGACCAGAUCGAUGCACUGGAGCGCAUCUUUGCGCGCACUCAGUAUCCGGAUGUGUACACCAGGGAGGAGCUAGCCCAGGGCACUGGCCUGACCGAGGCACGCGUCCAGGUCUGGUUCUCCAAUCGGCGUGCGCGUCUGCGCAAGCAGCUCAACACACAGCAAGUUCCCAGCUUUGGCAGCAGCUCCACAGCUGCCUCAUAUGGUUCUGCUCCUGCCUCCAACAUGGGCAUGGGUCUCUACAGCUCGCAGGCGUGGCCAGCAGCCAGUGGAGCUACUGCCUAUGAGGCACAUGCCGGUGGCUAUGGUGGCUCCACGGCCUCCAUGUCACCCGCCAGCACCAGCAGCGGCAGCAGCUCUGCCGCCCACAGCCCCGUGCAGAGCCAACCCCAGACGCAGACACACGCUGCCGUCGCCAGCAGCAGCUUUAUGAACUCCGCCUAUGGGAUGGGCACAGCCAGCUCUGGUUAUUCCGCCUCGGCUGGAGCCUCCGCUGCUACGUACUCCAUGCCCACAGCUGCCGCCAGCUCGGCUGAGCAGCUGCGCUCACAGUUUGCCUCCGCUGCCGCCUCGGGCUCGCAUCAUCCCUCGUCCUGGGACAGCUACAACUUUGCCGGCUCCUUCUUUCCCAGCGCCAACGCCAAUCACAUGGGCGGCUAUCAUCAGUCAGUCGCUGCCGAGCCCAAGAACUCCAUGAUGCCAGCUGCUCCAACCUAUCCCUACUUUGGCUUCUAGGCCAACCAAAUGCCCAGCACUUGCUCCAGUUUCCCAGUUUUAAGCUUCACUUCUCUUCUAGCUGGCUCUAUUCUUUAAACUGUGCCUGUUUUUUUCUAAUCCUUAACUAUUUGAAGAGUUUUUAGUUAAGAGCUUAAGACUGUUUAAGUUUAGAGGUUACGUUUAGAUUUUUUAAAGGUAUUUAAGUAAUUCUUAAAAUAAGUGCCAAAAUGCUGAAAUCA